UGAAUAAUAGAUCAUUUUAUAUUUUCUUAUAUGACGUGUCGCGGAAUUCUGAAGAAUCUUGUAUAAAACAUAUGUCCAGGUUAUUUUCUCAGUUUGAGAAGUGAUUUGUUUUCAGCACCAUGGACAGCACGCGUCCAGGUCAUUUUGAAGCAGCGUUGAAAGUUGUUUUUUUAUGGUUACAUAACUUUUUUUUUUCCACAAGCUGUAUCUUGAAAAUUCAUGUGGGCUUGCAUUUGUGUCCAACGGUUGUGUUUUAGAAAAAACUAUAUUUUUAUUGUUAUUGCUACUCAAGUGGUUUUAUUCAUUAAAAAUAAUACCAUUACUUAUUAUUUUUGCUUUUUUUUAAUUAAAACAAAUUUAAACUAAUAUGGAGACCUCAUAUUGGAUUUUACUUUAUAUAAAUAGUCUCUUUAGGAACACAGUCACUUGCAGUUUCGUAUUUUGCACUCUUAGCGACGCUGUUGACCAGUGUGUGGUAGUAUAGUUGCAGUCAUCAGCUGCACCUCCCAUAUUGUUAACAUCAGUGGGAAGCGGACACGACACUUUACACAGUCUGAGGCACAACGGACGACACGAACGAAGGAUUUGGAAAUAUAACAAUUCACCUUUUUCUCAUAUUUUCGGGGUUUUUCGACCUGCACUGUGAGCUAUACGACGCUGUUUUUUGUGGAUUAUCUUAUUGUUUCCAUUGUGAUGAUAGAAUAGCGUUAAACGAAACAAUGACACGGCAAGUACCAUUGUUCCUCUUGAUGCUCUCUCUCCGCUGCGUGGUUGGGCAGGUCAGCUAUUCUAUUCCCGAAGAAAUGUCCAAAGGCUCCGUGGUAGGAAACAUCGCAAAAGAUUUAGGUGUCGAUGUAAAACGACUGAAAACGGGGAAAGCUCGCUUGCAUGUUGGAAACAGCGCUGAAUACAUUGAGCUGGAUAGAGAGAAAGGCCUCCUUCUCAUCAAAGAAAAAAUAGACAGAGAGUCUUUAUGCAAGCAGACGACUCCCUGUGCUGUACAUUUUCAGAUAAUAAUGGAGAGCCCCAUUGAGUUCUAUCGCGUUACGGUGGAAAUAAUAGAUAUAAACGACAACGCGCCGACAUUUAAAAGGAAUAGCAUGUUCUUUGAAAUCAGUGAAUCUGCUGUAAAAGGGGCCAAAUUCGCAUUAGAGAAGGCAUCCGACUAUGAUGUUGGUGUAAAUGGACUCAAUCGCUACACCCUUAACCCGACAGAUAACUUCAUUUUAAAACACAGUGACAACCUAGGUGGAGAAAAAGGGAUCGAGAUGGUCCUGGAAAAACCUCUUGAUCGUGAAAGACAAGAGCAUCUGACAUUAACACUCACUGCUUUCGAUGGAGGUGACCCUCAGCUAUCAGGAACAACACAAAUUCACAUAACUGUAUUAGAUGUUAAUGACAAUGCUCCCGUGUUUACACAAGCGAUAUAUAAAGUAACACUUCAGGAAAACACGCCAAAGACAACCUUGCUUCUGACGGUCACGGCUACAGACAGUGACCACGGAAUAAAUGCUUUAUUAACAUACUCGUUGUCAAGUAACACUGAGGAAAUACUGAGUUUAUUUGAAAUAAAUGCUACGAGUGGUCAAGUGCGUUUGAUUGGAGAAUUAGAUUACGAAUCAUCAAGGCAUUAUCAGCUGCAGGUGAAAGCCAGAGAUCAAGGUGGUCUAACCGACACAUGUAAUAUUAUGUUUGACAUUAGUGAUGUAAACGAUAAUCCUCCCGUAAUAGAUUUAAUGUCAACCACAAAGUCCAUUCCAGAAGACUCUGUAGUACACACAGUUGUUUCCGUGAUGAACGUGCGUGACGCGGAUUCGAAUAGUAACGGAGUGGUUCAGUGUUUUCUGAGUGACAGUGUGCCACUCGUUAUUGAAAAUACUUCAAAUGGCUUCUACAGCAUACUUACUAAGACUGAGUUAGACAGAGAGUUAGCAUCGCAGUAUAAUAUAACGGUGAGCUGCUCUGAUGAGGGAGUGCCCUCUCUCUCCAGCAGCGUCACUCUCACCUUACAGAUUUCUGAUGUUAAUGACAACGCACCUGUCUUUGAGAGGAGCUCAUAUGAGGCCUACAUAGUAGAAAACAACACACCAGGUCUGUCUGUAUUCACAGUUAAAGCCAGAGACGCAGACUGGAACCAGAAUGCUCGUGUGUCUUACAUCCUGGAGGACUCCUCUGUUAACGGAGUACCAGUCUCCUCCUAUGUGUCUGUCAGUGCUGAUAGUGGAGUCAUACAUGCAGUGCGUUCUUUUGACUAUGAACAAAUCAAAGAUUUUCAGUUUCGUGUCAAAGCUCAGGAUGGAGGCUCUCCUCCACUCAGUAGUAAUGUGACCGUGAAGAUACUGAUCCAGGACCAGAACGAUAACCCUCCUCAGGUUCUGUACCCAGUCCAGACUGGUGGCUCUGUGGUGGGUGAAAUGGUGCCUCGUUCAGCAGAUGUGGGCUAUCUGGUCUCUAAAGUCUCUGGACAGAAUGCCUGGGUCUCCUAUAAACUCCAGAAAGUCCCAGACAGGGCUCUGUUUGAAGUUGGCUUACAGAAUGGAGAAAUCAGAACUAUCCGCCAAGUGACUGAUAAAGAUCCUGUCAAUCAAAAACUGACUGUUAUAGUGGAGGACAACGGACAGCCCUCUCGUUCAGCUACAGUCAUUGUUAACGUGGCGGUGGCUGACAGUUUCUCUGAAGUACUGUCUGAGUUCACUGACUUUAAACACGACAAGGAGUACAAUGACAACCUGACUUUUUACUUAGUGUUGGCUCUGGCUGUAGUUUCCUUCCUCUUCAUCACGUGUUUAGUUGUUAUUAUCUCAGUGAAGAUCUACAGAUGGAGACAGUCUCGGAUCCUGUAUCACUCCGGUCUGCCUGUGAUUCCAUAUUAUCCACCACGUUACUCUGAUACAAUGGGGACAGGGACUCUCCCUCAUGUCUUCAACUAUGAGGUGUGCAGGACCACAGAUUCCAGAAGAAGUGACUUUAAAUAUGGCCAACCUGGUACUGAAAACGUGUUGAUAAUGGACCCCAGUUCGACAGCCACGAUGCAGCGGAUACAACAUGAAAAGAACCUCCUGGAUCAACCAGACUCUCUUCUAGAGGUUAGACUGUGUUUAUAAGAUAACAGUGUUUAUAAAGUAUUGGUUUGUUUUUCUAUUUAUUUAAAUAUUUGAUGCACAUCCCAUCGUUGGUGUUAGAGACAGUGAGCUGAACAAGAAUGCAUAGUUGUUUAAAAUAAUGUCUUGUGUUUAAGCAGUAAUUUACAACACUUGAUUUUUUUAAAAACACAUCACUAAAACCACCACCACCAAAAACAUCAACAAACAAAAUAAAUAAAAAAUUGAUAUAAUAAUAAUACUAAUAAUAAUAAUAAUAAUAAUAAUAUACGUUACACAUAUUCCAGCCAGUGCUGUUUGUUUUUUUAAACACUAAGGGCCGCUGUUGGCCAGAGUGUGGCAGUCUUUGAUAGGAUUCGAAGCUGUACCUCCCCCAGAUUGUUACAGACAAUAAAAUCCAAUCCGUUCCUCUGCAUGUCGUCAAACAGUACGUGUUCAGGGACCUAACAAGCUGCUAUUUUCACCUAGAAUUCCCGGGCUUCUUGUGUCUAUUUAAAGGAUAU